UCUGGAAGCCAAGUUGUCCGCGGUCAGCUCGCGGGAAUGCCUUCCCGCAAUGUUCAAGAACCGAAAUUUUCUCUUUGAAAACAUUUAAUGUAUUUUGGGCCUCCGCUGAAAUGCCUUGAACAGCCCAUUUUGAACCAGAAUAAUUUAGUCUGACAACAGAUUCUUCCUCUGUUCACAGCUGUCCCACAAGGAGGAGCUGAAAUCCGAACCUCUCGGCUGUGAUUGGAUGUUUCUAGUAAAAGCCAGGGAGAAAACCCCUCCCAGUCCAGAAGAGCUCAGUCGGGCAGGGAGCCCGGUGACUUCAGAGGCGCCCGCCUGUCCCCCGCCGCACCUGAGCCGCCGCGAUGCUGUAGGACCGCCGCCUGGACCGUUAUCCGCCCGCGCCCGCCCGCCGCCACCAUGCCGCGCUCCUUCCUGGUCAAGAAACAUUUCAAUGCCUCCAAGAAGCCCAACUACAGCGAACUGGACACACACACAGUGAUCAUUUCCCCGUAUCUCUAUGAGAGCUUCCCCAUGCCCGUCAUACCAAAGCCAGAGAUCCUCAGCUCAGGAGCAUACAGCCCUAUUACUGUGUGGACAUCGGCAGCUCCAUUCCACUCCCCUCUGCCCAGUGGCCUUUCUCCUCUUGCUGGAUACUCCUCACCCUUGGGGCGAGUAAGCCCCCCGCCUCCAUCUGACACUUCAUCCAAGGACCACAGUGGUUCGGAAAGUCCCAUUAGUGAUGAAGAGGAAAGACUGCAAUCCAAGCUCUCAGACCCCCAUGCCAUUGAAGCUGAGAAGUUUCAGUGCAAUUUAUGCAAUAAGACCUAUUCUACUUUCUCGGGGCUGGCCAAACAUAAGCAGCUGCAUUGUGAUGCCCAGUCUAGGAAGUCUUUCAGCUGCAAAUACUGUGACAAGGAAUAUGUGAGCCUGGGUGCCCUUAAGAUGCACAUUCGGACCCACACCUUGCCCUGUGUCUGCAAGAUCUGUGGCAAGGCUUUCUCCAGACCCUGGCUGCUUCAAGGACACAUUAGAACUCACACAGGCGAGAAGCCUUUCUCUUGCCCUCACUGCAACAGAGCUUUUGCAGACAGGUCAAACCUGAGGGCACAUCUGCAGACCCACUCGGACGUAAAGAAAUACCAGUGCAAAAACUGCUCCAAAACCUUCUCCAGAAUGUCUCUUCUGCACAAACAUGAGGAAUCUGGCUGCUGUGUGGCGCACUGAGUGACGCAACCAGUGUUUACCUGAGCAGAAUGCAUUUCUUCACUCCAAUGCCAAAUGACAAGUGAAAGUCCAAAGCCAUUUAUUUUCUCUUGUGCUUACCUACCAAAGAAUAUGUAUAGACACACACACACACACACACACACACACACACACACAAACGAAACUACAGAAUAGAAUCUAUAUGCUUAAGAUGAAUCCUUUCUAUGUGAAGUUUAAAGUUAUAUUUACUGACAGCUAAGUGAAAGGCUAACAGACAAGUAUCUUUUUCACUAAAGAUGAAGUGAAAAGCACAUUGCAUCUUUUCUUCCUAAGAAAGAGUGCGGAGAUUUAUAUUGCUGCCAAACCAUUUCAACCAAAAGGAACAGUAUUGCUUCGUAAUAGAGUUGUAAUUGUGAUUCCACGAGGAAGAGAGCCUGCCAGAUGCUAUCUCAGGUGCCUUAAAAAGUACUCCAAGUUUACUUCCUUACACAUCGGAUGUCUGGUUGCCAUCGGUGAACGAAAGCCCUUUCUGGAUUACCUACAGUGCUUUAAACUGUAUUGUUACGAGCAAAAAAAUAUGAGAAAAAGAACAGAACACAAGAGAAUGUAUUAAAUAUUCUUGUUUUGUUUUUAUUUUUGCCAUGUGUGCCUUGGAAGAGGAGGGAAGGACAAGCUUCAAACAUUCCUGGUGCGUGUGCCAUGUCUUACUUUUUAAAAGAAUCUUAGUGGUUUAUAAGACAAUGCAAUGAAUCAGACAAUGUAUUGCAAGAGAGCAUCUUAGACAUUCAGUAAUGUACUUAGACUUUUGAAAAUGCAUAUGGUAAAUGCAAUAAUACAAUUCCCCUCCCAGUGCCUGUUUUAUGAAUUGUGUAGCUGAUGUAAAUUUGUGUUUAUUUUUAUAUGACUGAAUGAACUCUGUAUGAAAGUGAAGUGUGGUCCAUAACUGUGCCUAUAUACAACCUGAGUACUUGUGAAAUCAAUGUUCUUUUUUUAAAAAGUAACUUUCAAGGUCUCUUUUUUACAAUAAACAUUUUUUGGUUUAAAAUUGA